AUGAGUAAUUGGAAUUUACAAGCAGCAAUUUGUUGUUAUCUAGAUUAUAGCCUGCCUCCAAAACUUCCAUCCAUGUCACUCAAAAUGGCCCAAAAUCAAGAAUCGGCGUUGGCUCCAGGUUCUUGUUUUGAACAAAGCUGGAGUAUUGCCAAUACAGGAGCUGAAGCGUGGCCUGGAAGCUGUAGACUUAUACAAGCAGGAGGUGAACAUUUAGGUGCAACAACAACUUAUGUUCCUCCUUUACCUCCUGGACAUUCCACUAAUGUAACAAUGAAAUUAACAGCGCCUAGUGUGCCUGGUACUCACAGAGGUUAUUUUCACUUGGUGACUGACAAGGGUGACCAAGUAGGAGAUACUUUAUGGGUUGAAAUCACAGUAGAGUCAGAAAUGACUUUAGCACUUGCAGAGCAAUUGGCUGCUUUGCCUGUUCCCAGUAGUAGAUUGGAUGAAGGUGUAACUCAGAUGCCAACACAGGAUGACCAAAUGUGU